CUUAAACCCCCCUCUAGUACUCUACUACUGUAUAUACUGUACCCAUAGCUCAGGCAGCUCAGCCGCAACCGCCCACCCACCACAACAACGCAGCAAACACAAUGUCGCCCCGUCUCUUCCGCCAGCCCCGCCUUGCAGCCCGGGCGGGCCUUACCCGCCAUCAUCUCUCUCCCAAAGCAACCAACAUAUGCACAGCACCACUCAAACCCCGGCCCUCAUCAGUCCUGUUCCCCACCUCCCCCAAACUCUCACCUCCAUCACCCCACAUCCUCAAAACCCCACCCCAGCGUCGCACCCUCACCCUCUCCUCAACAACCUCCACCUCGGCCCCACACGGCCACGGAAGCGGCGACUUUACCGUCCACCCAACCGAUACCCUCCCCUCCAUCCCGCCACGUCGCCCGGAUACGAUCAUCACGGGCCCGGAACUCGAGAUGGGCUAUCCCCGCCCGCAUUUGGAUACACUCUCCUCGCCAGGGUAUGCUUACACGCCAUACGCCGUGCCGUCGCGACCGAGACAUGAUGUAAUAGAGGAACGCAGGGAUAUGGACUCCGACGGCGUGCCGACCCCGCCCGUGGACGAUUCCGGCCCGCCGCCGUACCCAUGGUUAAAACGCAGGGUCGCGACGAUUAGUGUCAGAGUCGAGAGGGAGGAGGGGGUUGUUGAGGAGGAGGUGAGGUUAAGGGAUGAAUUGGGGGGCCUUCUGAAGUUGGGGUAGGAGAUACUGUAGGUGGGAAGGUCAUGUAUGCAUACCCUUUUUGGAAACGUGCAUUGCGGUUUUGGCACGAAUACGAAUACAUCAACCGACAGGCCACACACCCACUCACAAGCACGACUGCGUUC